AUGGACUCCAACUUCCUACGUCAGACAGUUGACAACCUCGGCAGUGACUUCAUCCGCACGCCGAGUGACACGAAGACCGCUCGGUCCAAAUCCGAUAAUCCCCGGGCUGACCACAUCGGGGCAACCAAUCCUGGGGAAUGGCUUGACGAUUAUCGAAGGGAGCCCUCAGAAGAAAAUGCCUCGCAAGGGCCAGGCAGAGCAACCGGUCACUUGCUCAGUGACCCCGGUGCUGCUUCCAGGACGAACCCUUUCAGGACGAACCCUUCCAACGAUGAGAAGUCUAGCACCGGCGGCCUCCGGGGUGGCGAGUACGACCAAGGUCGCGAUCAACCGUCAAUAACGGGUGGGCAGCAGAAUCCCGCUGGUUCUGGUCAAUCACAGUCAACUGCCCAUGGUUCCAACGGCCAGGGGCCCGGUGAUAACACGAAAGCUCAUGGUUCCAACAGCCAGGGGCUCGGUGGUAUCACGAAAGCUUUUGGCUCAUCACAGGAACGAGGUGACCUCAGAGCAACGGCCGAGGACGCUCUCGGCAACUUCUACAAGAAAGCCGAGGCGGUCGAGAAGGAGGCAAUGAGGCGCGGAUCGCAGGCAGCCGAGGAGUUCUCGGGUCUCUCGGGCACGACGAAGCUCGCGCUCGCAGUUCCGAUGGGGCUCGGGACGCUGCUCUGGGGUCUCCCAAAGCUCUAUCACAGUCUUGGCAGCGCAAUGCAUGGCGCGAUGCAUGGCUUUGACAUCAACAAGAUGCAACAACAGCGGGACGCAGCGCUCGCGCACCAGGAGCAGCUCGAACGAACUGAACAGGCCCUGUACGACGUCAGUACAUCAACGGCGAUGGUACUAGGAGCUGCGAUCGCCCUUUACGGUAUCUACCGGGGGUUGAAGCAGUACUUGGGUCCAAUCGCCCGAUCAGACUUCGUCAAUCACCCUGCCGAGAAGCUUGAACGUCUCUCUGGACAGGGUCAGGGGAAGCUCGAACGUCUCUCUAGACAGGGUCAGGAGAAGCUGAAACAUCUCUCUGGACAGGGUCAGGAGAAGCUUGAACGUCUCUCUGGACAGGGUCAGGGGGAAUGUCACUCUGGAUGGGGUCAGGGGAACGCUCACGAUGAUGGGAGUGGGAAGGCUGCACAGCGUGGAGAGGGUGGCUGGAACUUUCCUGAUGAUGGGGUCAGUUCGCAAGACAAGCUACAGGCGAACAAGAAGACGCAGGAAAUUCGUUUGUGA